AACCUGUCCCUUUGAUCUGGCAACACUGAGCCGCCGCCAUAGGUCCAAACAGGCAAAGAAAAGUUACGAGUAUUUUUUGACCUUUUUUCCGCCAUGGCCGCGCUGGUGACCCUUAAUGACCUGUUAUUGGCUCACGAGGGGAUCAAUGGCAUCAUCAAGACCCUGUACCCGCACCGAGGACGCCGUGACGAGGAGGAGGAGGGCGGGAGAAGGGAAAAUGAGGAGGAGUGUGACGGGGGGCAGCCCACCAUCACGGAGCUCUCCAAGGUGGAGCAUGAGGUGGACGGCUUCCUGGAGACUGUGUCAGCGCUGGAGGAGGUGCGGGAACAGCUGACCCUCACCCUUGAACAAGCCAACUCAGCCGUGCUCACCCAGGCCUCCGCCACACUCACCCACCCACAAGUUCUUGGGCGGCGCGUGGAGUGGUGCGUGGAGGCGGAACAACACAUGCGCACCAUCGUGGAGAACAAGGACUUGCUCAUCUACCACCUGCAGCAGCCCCUCGUGUCGACCUUCCUUACCAUGCACCACCGAUACCACAGGUCGCUGGUGAGCCUGGUGGGGGCGCUGAGUGACCUCCUGACCCGCCUUCACACCCACACUGACCUGCUUGAGAGACACGCCCGGCACUCUGCUCUGGACACUGUGGACAGCCUCAUCAGCAGCCUCACGCAAGCCGCCGCCACUCAGCGCAGCGUCCUUGGUGACAUCACGGCGCUGCAUAGUCUAGUGGCAUCCAUACUGCAGGAGCAAGAGUGAUGGAGGCCCUUGGUGGCUCCUGGUGGCACUAUUUGGAUCAGUGCGACACUUCAUCACAGCAUACUAGGACCAGAGCCACAGUUCAUCACAGCAUACUAAGACCAAUGCCACAGUCCAGCACAAUGCCGAUGUUAGUGCCCCAAACCAAAUGGUCUUUUUUUUUACUCAACAUCACCAUCAUCAUCAUUUCGUUUAACGUCCGUUUUCACUUCCUGAGCGGUUGGAUGCUGUAUGGCUAUCCUCCAUUCUACUCUGUCUUCUGCCCGAUGCUCAUCCAAUCUCAUCAAUGCCAAGUCUUCCUGUAAGCACCUUCUCCACGUGUUCCUAGGUCUGCCAACUGGUCUCCUUCCUUCUACCUCCUGAUGCUAAAGAGUUUUCCUGUGUGGUUUCCUUAAAUUUCUUACCUUCUGUUACCCUUGCCUUCUAUAUUAAUCUAUCUAUCUAUCUGUCUAAUCUUAUGUGUCGAUCUUCUGUUUGACCUUCUUUCAUACCUUCUAUCUUAACCUAUCUAUCGAUGUUUCUAUCUAUCAAUCAAACCUAUAUCAAUCCCAAACACUAUUAUAGAAGAAAUAUUUGUAGUGUUUUGUAUUUGGCUUGGUUUCGGCGCUAACAAACUCGCUGUGUUGGACAGUGGAAUAGGACCGAAGACUCCCUAUCCACCUUCACGACUCUUGGAUUGUCUUCUAAGCCUUGCGGUGGGGUUCAUCACGGCUCACGUCACACCCCUGGACAGCAGUGCCUUAUACUACUCACUCACUCCUUACUAUAGUCCUGAGUUUGCUUGUUAGAGUGUAUAUGUGUAUAGUAAUGUUAAUAAUUGUAUGAUAGUAGUGUGUGUAUAUAUGUGUAUGGUAAAUGGGUAUAGAGACAGCAGGAGUGUAUAGAAUGACUGGAAGGAAGGAAGCAUAAAGUUAAAUGGAGUCUCGGAGGAUGACAAAGGGAGUGAGAGAGAGUGGAGUACAGUGUUAGAGUCUAUUUAUUUAUGUCUUUGUAUGAUAGGUUUGAUUAUGUAAGAGUGUACAGCAUCAUGGCUUGGUAACACUUACACACACACACACACACACAUGCCCUGGUAAGUUGGUUCUCAGCACUUUGUUAUUAUAUUAGCUGUGGCAAGUUUCUCCAAGAGCUGAUGAUUGUUAAAGGUUCUGCUGUCUUAACAAUGUAACCUGUUGUCUCUGUUCCCUUGAGGCAGUGUGGGAAGUAUAUUUUUAAUCAUUAGUUUUUCAAGUGUUCAAGAGGAUUGAUUUUUCCAAGCAAGAUCUUUCCUCGAGAGUUGUAAUGUUUUCUUUGUUACCAGAGGAGUACCGUACAUCAAGUUUUUCAUACUUAUAAGAUGGAUUGAUAAGUUUUUCAUUUCUCAGGAGGGACAUAUAUAAUUUUUCCCAUACUAACUAGAGAAAUUUAGUUAUUUUUCCAUUUUUUUGAUUCAUGAAUUCACCAUCUUCUAAAAACCUAAGAAAUCUGUAAAAUCCUUUCUUGAAGUGUUAAGAAAAAUGAUCAGCCUUGGAGGAGCUAACACCCACAUUACAAGCUCUCCCUUGAUGUCACUUCCAACAAUUUAAGUCAGCCAGUGAACUUUUAAUGCUAUAAUUACUUGGGUUAAUGAGUACCCCCAUAUAUAAUAAUUCUUUCAGUAAUAUUAUGCCACAAACAGGCCAAGAAAACAUCCAACCCCUUAAGGAAAAAUGAUGCUUAACAAAGAGAAGAAAUAGGCCAAGAAAAAAUAAUUGGAAGUGAAGUAUGUCAAAUUUAAUAAAAAGCAGUUUAGAAGCCUUUAGUUUUUGAGUUGGUAAUGACGUCUCUUGGCAAGGUAGAGCUUGUAAGGCAGCCACAACCCACUUUGAUAUUUUAAGAUGAGAGGGAGAGUUUCUGUAGCUGGCAUGUAUGUGAAAUAUUCUGGACAUAUCUUGUGAACUGUGAGCAUAUUAAGGCUGUCAGUAACACAGUCGGAUAAGCGCCAACGGUCUGAAGUGGAGAGUAAAGUCCCGAAUGUCUUGUUGCGGAAUUCGAUAUAAUGUAAAAUCAUCCAUCAGAGAUUUCCCAGGCUGUCUGCAUAAGGUCCUGUAGCCAUAUCCAGAGAUAGCUUGAACACAACAGACCAUUCCUUAGCUGUAUCUUGGGUCCUGUAGCUAUGCCCAGAGAUUCUAUAUGUUAGGUGAAUCUCUCUAAAGGUUUAAAUCUAUACCUUUGACCACAUUGAAAGAAUCCUACUGUAGCGUUCUCAAGUCUGUGGCGGUGCACUUUUUUCCUCCUUUGAAUGUGAGAGGACGAAGAGGAUGUGUUAGUUACAUUUGAGGUUCUUGGGACGGUCUGUCUGAGGUGCCACAAGCCCCAGAGGAAGGCCAUGGCUGUCUGAGUGUGUUUCAUGGUGUUGCCGUAAGUGACUAUGUGAUGUGCAGUCUUCCGUGAGGUGUUGUGGGAGGAGGGAUGCUGAGGGAUGGAUUUCUGGAGGAGAGUUUGUAGGCUUGGGGUACAGUGAACAGGCUCUGAGAUGGAUUGGUGCUUGACCGACUGGGUUACUUGUGGUCUCAUUUACUUGUGUGUGUGUGUGUGUGUGUGUUGUAUUUUUUUUUUGUCCUUCAGAUGAGGCAUGGGAGGAGGUGAACCAGAGGAGGGGAGCAGAGAUCUCCACAAUCACCACCUCCCCUCUCUCAUCACCACCACCACCCUCUUCCACCAUCUAUACCUACCAUUGUGUGUGUGUGUGUGUGUGUGUUCACCUAUGUUGAUUCUGAAGGUGUGUUUCGGUGGGGGGAGUGGAGGGGAGGAAGGGAGGGAU